AUGUUGCGCACACGGGGCGCUGGCGCAGUCCCUGUGCUGGUGCUGCUGGCUUUGGUGUUCUGGCUCCGUCGUUUGGGAAGCACGUCGGAGUUCGACCUUGCAGGGUUCACUGGGUGGCCUGUUAGCAUCCAGCGACACAUGCUGGGCCAUUCCUGUCGUGAAGGUACAAGACACGCCGUUUCUCGCAGGGUGAGGGAAAGGCGCAAAGGAUCUCGCGACCCCGCGAGCCGUGGAGCUCCAUACCCCAUGGUUCUGACCUCAAAAAUUAAAAACUCGACCUCCUCAGCGGAGUUACUUUCGCUCUUGGAGAAGGAGGUGGACGGUGCAGUCUUCAAUGACUUCCACAUGUCGGCCACCUUCACUCGCUUGGCCUUCUUCAAGAGAAGUCGCAGGCUGCCGGCAGUUGAUGCCAGAAGCCCGCUGUGGCCCAGGCUCACCGCCAGACUGCAGACGAUGUUGGUGACAGACUUGAUAUCACCGCGUGUAGCAUCAAAUGUACUCUGGGCUCUUGUUGAGAUUCAUCAGGACAUCGGCAUGCACAUGGCCAGCGCAGUACCGGCUCUUGUUCGUCAUGUGCAGGACAAUGCAAGGAGCAUGAACGCUUUUGACUUGUCGAAUUGCAUCUGGGCGGUUGCAAGUUUGCAUGACGCAGAGCCCAAGGUCCUGAAAGCUGUCUCAGCGAUUGUAGAAAACAUCCCGCGCCAGGCUUCUGAGUUUGUUCCUCAAGCCUUGUCCAACAGCCUGUGGGCGGCAGCGAAGCUGCAAGAGGCAGCGCCCGAUGUCCUGACGGCUGUGCCCGCUGUCGCGGAACGAAUGCCGCAGAAGGUGGAGAGCCUGAAACCUCAGGAGCUUUCAAACAGUCUGUGGGCGGCAGCGAAGCUGCAAGACGCAGCGCCAGAUGUCUUGAUGACUGUGCCCGCCCUGGCGGAGACGAUACCGAGGAAGGUGGAGAUCAUGAAUCCGCAAGCCUUGUCGAACAGCCUGUGGGCGGCAGCGAAGCUGCAAGAUGCAGCGCCAGAUGUCCUGAUGGCUGUGCCCGCCAUUGUGGAGCACAUAACACAAAUGGUGGAGAGCAUGAUUCCGCAAGCCUUGUCGAACAUCCUGUGGGCGGCAGCGAAGCUGCAAGAUUCAGCGCCCGAUGUCCUGAUGGCUGUUCCCGCCGUUGUGGAGCGUAUACCACAGGUUGCGGAGAGCAUGAAUCCACAAGAGUCAGUGCCCGACGUCUUGAUAGCCGUGCCGGCCCUGGCCGAGCGCAUACCGCGGAAGGUGGAGAGCAUGAUUCCUCAGCACUUGUCGAACAGCCUGUGGGCAGUCGCAAAGCUUCAAGACAGCGUGCCAGAUGUUUUGACCCCGCUGCCAGUCAUCACCGCCCAGGUCUCCAAGAAGAUCGCCGACAUGGCCAUCCCCGGCUUGCGGAUGUCUUUGUGGGCUGCUGCCCAGCUCGGCGAGACGGGCCUCGAGGCAAAGUUGAGCGCAGAGCUUGCACGGCGCAAAGCCUGA